CCACGAGGGAGUCAUGCACAACAACCGGCGGCGCAAGAAGCGGCCCAGCUAUGGCGUCCGGACGGUGGAGAUCACCAAGGGCAAGAAUGGCUUUGGCUUUACCAUCAGUGGACAGGCACCAUGCAUCCUCUCAUGCAUCGUGCCCGGGUCACCUGCAGAGCGGGCCGGGCUGCGUCCUGGCGAUUACCUUAUCGCCGUCAAUAGCCAGAAUGUUAGCAAGGCUCCUCAUGACGAUGUCGCUCGUCUCAUUGGCCUCUCCAAGCUCCUCAAGCUGCAGAUCGCUGAGAAUUACUACUCUGACAGUUCCGACGACGAGUUUGUGACGGUAAAUCGACCCAAACCCAAGUAUCCCAACCGGCUGAGGCACAAGAACCAGCAGACACGAGCAGAAAAGGUUGUCCGCGACUUGCAGAGUGGAGCCAUCUUCAGCGAGCACACGGCCAUCCACUUGGGUGAAGCUGCCCUUCUCUCUGACCGCGAUGCCUGGCCUGAGUCUGCCUUCCCACCGAAGGCACCGCUCACACCCACACCAAAAGGGCUCACUGUAUCUGCUUCCGUGUCCCCAGUGCCUGAAGGACUCGGAGAGAGAGAUGGGGGUCCACCAGUGGCACCGUCUACGUCACCAACGCGACUGAGGCCAGAUCAGAUUCAUCUGGUGAUGGCAGAGGCACGACAGGUGACCCGCACGCCCCGGCCUGUCAAGGAGCCCCAGCACCCGCCACGGCCUAGACACGUAGUCAAGAAAAAAGAUAAGUCACCCAAGGCCAAACUCAGACAUCAUCCACAGAACCUCCCACCUGACCCAAUCCAGCAACAGCUGGCAGCACCACACCAACAUCACCAUCAACAGCAGCAGCAACAGCAUCUUCAACAGCAGCAGCAACAGCAUCUUCAGCAGCAGCAACAGCAACAUCAGCAACAGCAACAGCAGCAUAUUCAGCAGCAGCAACAACACCUUCAACAACAACAUUUGCAACAGCAGCAGCAGCAACACUUGCAACAACAACAUCUCCAACAGCAACAGCAUACACAACAGCAGCUCCUCCACCAACAACAGUUACAUCAGCAGCAGCAGACCCAGAGACAACAGUCCCCUGUGCAACAGCAAAUUCAGCCACAUUCUGGCAUGUGGGUGGAGCUACCCAGUGGCUCUGGAAUGGAAGCAUAUAAUGUAUUAACCGAACAAGAAAUUAACAAACUGCUGUAUCCUACGUUAGCAGAGCUGCAACAGCAAGCAGCACCAAAUGACUUGGGAGAGGCCCUAUAUCGUGCUGUUGUUGGUUACCUUGGCACUAUUGAGAUGCCUAAGGAGCCUCAGGGAGGUUCACGUCUCACUGCCAUUAGAAAUUGUAUUCGACGGCUUCGGAUCGAGAAAAAAGUCCACACCCUGGUUUUAAUGUCAGUGUUUACAGAGCGUGUGGUGCUGACCAAUCCUCACGGCCUUACGCUGGCACAGUACCCAGCCGAAAGAAUAACUUUUUGCGGCGUGUACGCCGAUGACAAGAAGUUCUUCGGCCUUGUGACUGUUCAUGGUGCUUCGGGUGAUGAACUUAGUGAUGGCAGUCAAGACGGUGGGAGUGUUUCGUCCUCUUGUCACGUGUUUAUGGUAGAUCCUCGCAUGGUCCAGCAUUCCGAUCACGCGAGGAGAGCCAAGAACUUUCGUUUGGAAUGCACGUCUCACCCAGAGGCCCACCACUGCCAAGAGUUCCCGGACUCGGCAGAUCCGAUCUUGCAUGCUAUCAUGAGUCUCUACCGAAAUCGGGUGGGGUUCCACUUGGACACAGGUGCCCCAGGCCUGAUCGACGUAGAGGCACAAAUGUCGCCCCAGCACUCCAACACUUCUUCCAACUCCUCCAACUCUGACUCUGGUAUCGGCUUUAGAGACGAUGGUGGUCACCACUACCACCACAGCGACCGCGUUUUUGUUGUUGAAGUUGAUGACAAUCAGCGUAUGCGAAUACAAAACUUUCAGCUGGUUAGUAAUCUUCGUGCCAACCUUAACGAGAACCUUCGGGCUAAUUUAGAAAACCACCGAGUGAACAUAGACAACCACAGAGGGAACAUAGAUAACCACAGGGCUCUGGACAAUCACAGAGCCAAUGUAGAGAACCUUAGAGGAAAUAUGGAUAAUCAUAGAGCCAACUUAGACAAUCUCAGGGCGAAUUUAGACAAUCACAGAGCGAACUCUACAGACAAUUUUCGAGCUAAUCUAGAGAGUCAUCGGGUUCAUUUGGACAACCAUAGAAGCAAUAUAAGUGGCGGCUAUGGUAACAAUGUGAGUGCUACAGUGGGUGAGAGUAUACCUACUAGUUUAGGGCCCUCGGUGCUACGUGCCAAUAUUAAUGAUUUUAGUUACUCGAGUGCCAAUAAUCUGCGUGCCAUUGCAAACGACAAAUUACAUGUCAGUUCUAGUGACAAUAGUAGUAGUAGUAAAUUACUGGAUAACGUGCGUGCCAAUGUAAACGAUCAUUUAAGAGUGAGUGUGACCGACAAGGUUCUAGGUAACAUAGACAACCUGCGUGUGAGCGUGAGUGACUCAAAGAGACUGAAUGAUCUUCGAGCUAGUCUUGCGGAGAGUCGGCAGGGGGAUGGUCGCACCAGCAUCACGGACGACCUACGGGCAGCACUCGAAGAUGACAUGCGGGCCAAUCUGGUGGAGGGUCGGCUUAGUGCGGUAGACGGUCGCACCAGCAUCACUGAUGACAUGCGCAUGGCCAGGGAGAGAGGUGUCACCAAAACUCCUGUAGCUGAAUGUACGGGUACUCCUGAGUCGGGUCGGCUCACUGUUAGGGCCAUGCCAGACCCCGUGGGAUUUGAACGAUCUCCAGGGUUUUUAGCCUCUAGUGACUCUCCUAUUCACGUUGCCUCUAUGAGGCAUUCCAUGCACAAGUAUCUGCAACACAAACAAGAGCAUUUGGUAAAGGUGUCCCAAAAGAUCAACCGGCGUGAGUCUGACACCGGUGGUAUCCACCCUUUGAGUGUGCGAGCCUUUUCUCCUGCCACCACCAAGGCUCCCACACCUACUGUCACCACCGCUCAAGAAACCCUCGAUCUGGAGUUAUCCCUCAAACUUUCACCAAAAGUGUUUGGAGUGCCUCAGCUACCAUUAGGAACAGGGUUGUCACCCUUGCGGCCGCGAGCACCAUCUGAGAGGUCCUACACUCGCUCUUUGGAAGACUUACGAGACUCUUCCACCAGCGACGGCGUUAACGCUCCCUUAGGGAGUGGAGGUUGUGGGAGCAGCUUCCGCGACGGGUCUGAAAGUGACCAUGGACUGGACCGACUACGCCACGUGCCUCUCACUCCCCUGGCCAGGCUCCUUCACGCCUCCGAGAACAAUCUUACCCGCUAUGGUCACAUUUACCCUUCAGAACACCACCGAGGGGCUUUCCGUGCCGUCCAGCCGCGAACUCACCGCGAGUCCUCAACGUCUGCCCUCGGGGUGGGCGUUGUUCCUCGUAUAGGUGGCCUGGUGGGAGUAGGUGUUCCACUGGACUCUGGUGACGAGCACACGGAGACGACAGAGAACACAGGAGAGCAAGAGGGCAGUCAGGACGUGCACCCACCCACACAGGAUGAGUUCUCCCACGACUCUGACUCAGAACAGGUUGAUGGUGGUGUUGAAAAGAAGUGGACACGAAGCAACUCUCUCCGCCGGCACUUCAACAGCUCAAGACACAAUGGUGGCCACCAGCAGGAUCCUUCGGCACAUUCUGAUACAGAAAUUGGCAAGAUAUCAGCACCACACAGCCUCUUGGAUGGUGAGUCUGUAGGAGGAAGUGUGUCCUCAGAGCGUGCUAUUGAUGUUGGAAGAGUUGGUGCCUGGGCAACAUCUUUUGAGAAGCUCUUAGAAGAUCCUGCAGGACUGCAUACCUUUGCUGAGUUUUUAAAAAAAGAAUACAGUCAUGAAAACAUAUACUUUUGGACGGCUUGUGAACGAUAUAAGAGGGUCUCCAACCCUGAUGAACUUCAGGCCAUGGCAAAAGAGAUCUUUGAGAGACACUUAUAUAGUGGUGCCCCAGAACCUGUAAAUGUGGACUCUCAAGCAAGACAGGAUGCUGAGGAAGGCCUUCAUUCUCCAAAUCAGUUUUUAUUUGAUCAGGCCCAAAAACAGAUUUUCAAUCUUAUGAAGUUUGACAGUUACUCUCGAUUCUUGAAGUCAAGCUUGUAUCAAGACUGUGUAUCUCGGGACAUGAGAGGUCAAACUCUGCCUUACCCUGGUGAUGACAGUCUUGACCCUGAUCUUAGAAUUGCACAAGAAGACUCGCAUGUUAAGUUGAAAAAAAGCAGAUCAGAUGCAGAGGAACGUCGUCGAAAAUCAUUAUUACCGUGGAAUCGCAAGGAUCGCAGCAAGAGCAAAGACAGAGGAGAAGCUGAGUACAGGAGAAGGAAGAAACAAAAUCAACGUAAUACUUCUGAUUCGUCGAGUAUCCGUUCAGAUAUCAGUGGCAGUCGCACAUCUCUCAAUUCCUCUGAUUUACCCUUAGGAAGAAGAGCGUUGUCCAAAGAAUCACUCACUAGUGGUGAAUUAGGAAGCCUUAGUGGAAGUGAAGGGUACAGUAGAUGUCGUGUAAUCCUCCCUGACCUCAGCAACUCUGUGGUGGCCGUGAGGAAUGAUGAAUCGAUACAGGCAUUACUGACUCGGCUUCUAGAUCGCCGAGGGCUUGCCUAUUCUACUUUUGAUGUUUAUCAACACAAAACAGAUAAGCUCUUGGAUAAAAAUGAAGAUAGUUCAGUUUUGGGUGGUAUGGAAGUUCGACUGGAGCAAAGAAUAAUAUUUCGGUUAGACUUGCCGAACCGCAAGACUGUGUGUGUUAAAGCUAAACCAAAUAAGGUAACCAAUGAUGUCCUUAAACCUAUACUUCUCAAGUAUGGAUACAAGCUGGACCUCAUGUUUGUUCACAAGGUUGGAGAUGAAAAGGGUGUGAAUCUCAAGUGCCAUGUUAAUGAGCUGGAUGGUGAUAGACUUGUGGUCCGAACAAAAGAGGAAGUCAAGGAAUGGGGGUUUGAACCAGGAAGACAGAAAAAAAGAGGGAGCACACUUGAUGAAAUUACCAACCGUGUAUUUGAAGACUUACUGAAAGGGAAGUCUGAACAAAAUUUUGAUGAGCUUGGAAUCCUAGACUUUGAUGCUAGAUCAUCCAGAACGGACAAUAGUAGUGACAAGUCAUCUGGCAUUUUGGGGGGUUUUAGUCGCAGGAAUUCUCUUGCUCCAGAGAAGGAAACUGGUAACAAACCUAGAAAGCCAUGCAACAGAUCCAGUGUCCAUGAGAACCUUAGUGUGCGGGGAAUGAUGACUCACCCUGACCAUGCCCUUGUCCCCAAACGAAGAGGGAACAAUCCUACUAAUGUCAAACAGGAAAAUGAUGAACUGUAUGAGGGCUUGAAAAGAGCUCAAAGAAGUCGCCUUGAUGAUCAGCGAGGAACAGAAAUAAACUUCGAACUUCCAGAUUUUCUCAAGUGUGACCAGCCUCAGGAUAAAGAAAACCAACAUGCUCACCUAGCUGACCAGUUGUUGGCUCACCUGGAGUGUUCCUUCUCUGAUGGUGUGGUGAUCCCUACUCAUCAAGAAGCUGAAGACUAUUUUAGCAUGGCUCAUCCUGAAGUUUGGGGAGGAAUACCCUCAAGCACAGGGCCUCAUUCUGCUAAUGCUACUCUCUUGGCACCUGAUUUAGAUCUGGAUGAUUUUGAAGACACUCUACGAGGUGAUGAAUCUCUCUGCCAGGUGCCCUUACCUGAUACAGCCCCGCCCUCCUUACAUGUAGAUCCAACAGACUUUUCCCUUCCUCCACCACCAAUACCCAUGGAAAACUCUUCAGUACCAGCUGUGUCAAGGAUGGCUUUAACAGCUCUACCAUUAUCGCCACCACCUCUACCUCCCAAACCCAAGCUUGGGGGCAUUAGAGGCCCUCCUCCACGCCCCCCCUCAAGGCAGUUACACCUCUUGAAUCCACCCACCUUUACCUCCACAAGUGAUGAUGAUGCUUUGCAUUCAUCAGAGCCACCUAUUCAUAUCACUAGACAAAGUCAUGACAAAUUUAAUAUCAGUUUUGUUUAGUAAAGACAAUGUGUGUAAAGCAUUUUUUUUUUUUUCAGAGUUAUCUCGUGUACCGACUUUUUGUGACACAACACGUGAAAAUUUAUAAUUUUGGAGCCUAAACUUAAAUUAUUGUGUAAUAUAAUAUAGCUUAAGCCUGUCCAACCUGUCUUAGGUUAUUCUAAAUUUAAUUAGCAUUUUAUAUCAAUGAAAUGUAUGAAUUUACACUUAGCUUGUUUGCAGAAAUGAUCACUGCUUUAUAACGAGAUCACACACUGCCUAAAAAGCACGACGUAUAUAUGACAGUACAGAACAGUUAUUCCCUGCUUAGUGACAGAUGCAUUCCAAAAAAAAUCAAUGCUCAACAAUUGUACACUAAGCAAAUUGUAUUUUCUUGUGAGCUCCCAUUAUUAUUAUAAAUGCAUUCCAGAAGAAAUUAAAAUACACAUUUUUCCAUUGGACUGAAUUUUGAUGGAAAUGUCAAACACUAACAUCCAGUAAACACUGACACGAGACACUAAUAGUCAUAAAAAUACUAUUUUAUUUUUUCUUCAUACCUUAGGCAUCUGAUGGUUCUUGGUUGUUUACAGUGCCUUAACAGAAAUCCUCUUAGUGUGUCACUUUAUGCAAGUAGUCAGCAAAGUCAUAAGUGAAGAUACUUUUUCCUAGACCCAAUGAAUUUAAUGCUUUCCAUGAAGAUAAUAAACCACAAAUAUGUGGGAAAUUGUUUUCAGUGAGGAAGAGAAUUUUGCUCUACAUAAGCUUGGUGCCUGAGCCUCUAAUCACGUUUGUAACCCCAAGUCAAAUGUAUCACCGUGAAACAUACAUUAAUAAUAUGUAAGGUACAAAUUUAGAGCAUGUUUUUUAAUAGAAUAUGAAUAUGGGGAUUUUUUUCUUUUUGGGCCAGCUUGCCUCGGUGGGAGACAACUGAUGUGUUAAAAAAAAAAGAAGAUAGAUACAAUAUAAAGUACUUAUACAAAUGAUUUUGAUGUAAAUAAAACCUAUCUAGUAAAAAUGACUGCUCACCAUAGUGGCCAUAAUAUUCUGAUAUGCAUAGGACAAUUUUUUUUUCCUAACUUUCCUCAUUACAAUAUUAAUAUAACCUGAUAAGAAUACAGUACUUUUUAUAAAGUUAAACAUAAAUUUCAGUCAUUGCUAUAUUCCUUGAUGGUGGUUCCCUCUCUUUCACCCAUAUAGGAGGAGAGGGAAUGGUUCUUGUUAAUGUGGAGUUAUUCUCUACUCUGUUCUCAGUCACUCAGCCAAAUUAAGCUAACAAAUACUAUAAUCACUAAUCAGGGAAUUACUGUAUGUAUACUGCAUAUACUUCUUAACCCUUUCACUGUCGAGACCCCUGCUCACAAACUUGCUGUAAAAAAAAAAAUAUUUUCUAACCAAAAUCUUAAAAGUAAUUUUCCGAGUGUUAUAAAAAAAGAAAAUUGUGAUCAGUAGUUACCAAGAUAUAGAGGUGUGAAGUAGACAAAGUGAACUGCUGACGGCAACAUAGCGACUGCUGUUCACUUACCUGGAGAGGGUUUCGGGGGUCAACGCCCCCACGGCCCAGUCCUCAUGUGGAUCAGGGUCUGAUCAACCAGGCUGUUACUGCUGGCCAAACACAAGCUGACGUACGAACCACAGCCUGGUUGGUCAGUUACUGACUUUAGGUGCCUAUCCAGUGCCUUCUUGAAGAUAGCCAGGGGUCUAUUGGUAAUCCCCUUUAUGUAUGCUAGGAGGCAAUUGAAGUCGUCUUGGGCCUCAGACACUUAUUGUGUUGUCUCUCAGUGUAAUAUUAUUUUUACUUUUAUUCUAUUUUUCUUCUUCCUAAUGUUUUAUUUUUUCAAGUAACUUUUGUGACCUGUGAGACCACAAAAGAUGUGUGUAUAUAUAUAUAUAUAUAUAUAUAUAAUAUAUAUAUAUAUAUAUAUAUACAUGUGUAUAUAUAUGUAUAUAUAUAUGUGGGGCAGAAGUUUGUGGUUAUAGGAGGGUGGGGGCAGGAGGAAAGAGGAGUGAUUGGUGGAAUGAUGAAGUAAAGGGUGUGAUAAAAGAGAAAAAGGUAGCUUAUGAGA